GAAGGAUGUUUCCGGGUUUUCUGAAAAUGCUCUCCGUUCCGUGAGCCUCCCGGGAGAAAGAGAGAGACCGUCCGAUUUUGGUCCGCUCGUCCGGUAAUUUCGAGAAAUGAGAGCCCCGUGGCUCGUCCUGAUCCUCGCCGAGAUCCCGGACUCGUUGUCGCUCCUACGGGAGACGGUGUGUCACCGUAAUGACGCCGACUUAAGUGCUACCGGUCAGAGGUCAGGGGAGACCUUACCCAGACGUAAACGGGAACUAGCUUUUCCGAAGGGAAGCGCCUUCGUGGUAACCUUAACCCUGCUAAAAGCUAUCCAGAUUAAUAGCCCAAGCCCCUGGAAUCUCGAUUUGGAAUUUGAUAUGAUAUGGCCUAUACCUAGUCAGGAAGAUUUAAAGAAAACUGCGAUCAAAAGUCCGUUCAAACUAAAACGACGACACAGACGCGAACUUUAUGCCAAUUUUGAAUCGGCAUUGAAUAGUCAAAAUUUGCCUGGACGAUUAUGUAUUCUUCGCGCGAUUUGCGAAGCGGAAACAGUGUUAAGUCCUCCGGGAUUUUCAAUUAUCGAAGAUGCCAUACGAAUUAUUUUAAGAAAUUUCGAGGAUGCUAACGAACAUGACUGUUAUGACAUUGCAUAUCGAACAAAAAAUGAUUGUGAGAUUGUCUAUCCUUGUUCAUUUUCGCUAUUGAAACUAUUGUUAUAUAAUUUAUAUACAAGAUGA